CUGUCUGCCUACCAAAAAAAUACAGAGAGAGAGAGAGAGAGAGAGAGAGGAGAGAGAGGAUUCUACCCAUUUAAAGGUUUCUUCUUUCUUUGUUGUUGUUCCUCAGAAUGAUAUUGUAGAGAGAAAAGAAGGUUCUUUUAGAGAGAGAAAGUUAGAGAGAGAGAGAUCUAAUGGAGUACGAGAGGAUACACAAAGCUCAGACUGGUAUAAUUUCUCCCAGUAAAUUGAGGAUGAAGCUUAUAGGGCCUCACCAUCAUAAAACGAAGGAUGGAUCAAACAGUAACUCCUCAAGAACUUCGCCCUCGAAGCUUGCCGAUUCCGAGUUCGUGAAGAAUAGCUUGUUAGACCCCAUGAAUGGAGAUGAGGAAGUUCAAUCGUCCAGUUUGGAAGUUGUGUCCAUGAAUUUGUCGAGUGCAGCGGCAUUGGACCUUGGACAAAGUGAUCAACCUUCUUGUCAACCAAAGGAGUCGUUGCCACGAGAAAAUGGCGAUGGCGGUCGUGUUAAAUUGCAGCAUUAUUCAAAGGGUGAGAGCGGUAAUUCAUGCGCAAUUCACCCCGUGAGAAUGAUGGAUGACGAAAACCUUGACUAUGAUAGUAAUGCUAGUUCAUCCAGUUUCGAGUUUCAUAAAGGGGAGAAGUCGGUACAUAAGCACCUCUCGAGAACGCUUUCAAGAACUAUGCCAUCGAAGUGGAACGAUGCCGAGAAACGGAUAAUGAACAAGCAAAUUGUACAAGCAAAUUUUCCCAGAAAGAGUAAUUUACAAAACCAAACAAUUCGUUUGCCGGUGACAUGUAUGGUGAGGGUGGCUCCGGAGUCUGCUAACUACGAUUAUAAGCCAAAUGGCAGAGGAGCAGACACAAAGCGGGUCGAUUUCUGUCAGCCUGCAUCGCAGAUUGGAUUCGAUAAGUUCUCUUUUGUCCCGUCGGAGUCUCACUUCAGUUCAGGUCAAGCUUGCGAGGGGAAUGCUAUGUGUUCUAAAAGUACUGUGGAAAACGCUGCAGGCACUGCUGCCAUAAGAUCAGUCUCAAUGAGAGAUAUGGGAACAGAAAUGACACCGAUCCCGAGUCAAGAGCCUUCAAGGACUGCUACUCCUGAAGGGGCAACAACCCCACGCCGCAGCCCAACUUCUUCAGUGCCGUCAACUCCCAGAGGAGGUGCACCGGCUCCCACACCUACCACGGAUGGCGAAUCACAGCCACGAUUUGAAAACAACAAAAGACAAUUGUCAGAAGAAGAAUUAAAGCUCAAGACAAGAAGGGAGAUCGUAGAACUUGGUGUUCAGCUUGGUAAGAUGAACAUUGCCGCUUGGGCAAGUAAAGAGGAGCAGGAGAAGAAACUUUCCGCUGAAAAAGCUGAUGCGACCGAACUUGAGCGGAUUGAGUUUGAAAAACGAGCAGCGGCCUGGGAGGAAGCUGAAAAAUGUAGACAUACAGCAAGAUACAAGCGCGAUGAAAUCCAAAUCCAAGCAUGGGAAAGUCAGCAGAAGGCAAAACUCGAAGCAGAGAUGCGGAGAAUAGAGGCUCAAGUUGAACAAAUGAGAGCGCAAGCUCAAUCCAAGAUAAUGAAGAAGAUAGCACUAGCAAGGCAAAUAUCCGAAGAGAAACGGGCAGCAGCUGAAGCUAGAAAGAAUCAAAGUGCAGAGAAAACUGCAGCUCAAGCAGAAUACAUCCGCCAGACUGGACGAGUGCCAUCAUCUCAUUACAUUUGUUGCGGUUGGUUGUGAUAAAACCUGAAACAAAAUAUAGAAGAAAAGCUUCGUACGAUGAGCGUAUGUUUUCAGUACACAUUAUGAUUGAAGGAGUUUGUGUAUGAUAUACAAACUUUAUAUCCACAGAGCAACCACAGUGUGUUGUUAGAUGAAGUAGAUUUUUCAGUAGAUGCAUAUGAAUGUUGAGGUAUCUAUGUUCCAA